CAAGAUGUCGUGCUGACGUUGUCUCCAUAGUUCCGCUUCCUGAAUGUUUGAAUGGUUUACGCUGUAUUACUAUUUUCAUAAGGAAUAAUACCGACUCUGAAGAUUUCCUGCUCGACAUGGAGAAAGGCGGAAUAUCCGCGAUACUGUUUGACCUGGACAACACUCUGGUGGACACAGCAGGAGCGGGACAGCUGGCCUUGCACAAGGUAUGUGAGCUGCUGAGAAGUAAACUGAAGGACACAAACAGCAGCGAUAUUUGUAAACGGUUUACCCGUAAACUUUACGAGGAGAAGUUCGACCCAUCUGCAGGCAUAACUAUAGAUGAUGUUCGGAUAAAUCACUGGCACGAGGCCCUGCAGGAAGCAGGAAGUGUGGAUCCUGGCCGUGCUCUGGCUUCAGACUGCUACAACACUUGGAAAACUACACGUCUCCAGGCUCUAACGUUAUCUCCUGAAGUUUUAGCCUUACUGCGAUAUCUGAAGUGCUCAUACAAACUGCUGCUGCUGACUAACGGUGAUGCCCAGACGCAGCGGGAGAAGCUAGAGGCGGUGAAAUGUGAGGGACUCUUCAGCGCUGUGGUGGUAGGAGGAGAACAUGCUGAGCAGAAGCCUGCAGUCUCUAUUUUCACACACUGCUUUGAGCUGCUGGGAGUGAAGCCACAGGACUGCAUUAUGGUGGGAGAUUCGCUGGACACAGAUAUCCAGGGUGGAUUUGAUGCACGGGUUCGAGCUACAGUAUGGAUUAACAAGAGCAUAGACACUCGUCCAGAGAACAGCGUGACUCCUGAUUUCACCAUUCGCUCUGUGCUGGACUUGCGUAACAUUUUAGCUGAGCUGAAAUGAUAUGUUUUUAAGCUGUAGCAAUAGCACUAUUUUAGUCUUUGAAACUAUUUUCAAUAUAACAAUUUUGUGCACAUUUUGAUCAAUAUUAGAACUUUUACUGAUUUUCAACAAACACUACUCAAAUGUUAUAGAGUUGCAUGACAU